UGAAUGCUGAUAAUAUACAAAAAAAAACAACUCUACUGCUUGUGCUUGAACUAUUCUCUUUCUGACUUUGACAUAUGCAUACGUGAUAAGUUUGUACCUACACACACAUAUUGUUGUCAUAUGUACGUAUAUAUAAUAUAAGGAGUGAGGGUGGUAUUAGAGAGAAAGAAAGGAUUUUUUGUGUUUUAGUGAGUUUUUGUGUGUGUGUGAGGAGAGAGAGAAAGAGAAAGAGAGAUGGGGAGAGGCAGAGUUGAACUGAAGAGAAUCGAGAACAAGAUCAACAGGCAAGUCACUUUUGCGAAACGAAGGAAUGGGCUGUUAAAGAAAGCUUAUGAGCUUUCUGUGCUCUGUGAUGCUGAGGUUGCUUUGAUCAUCUUCUCCAAUAGAGGAAAGCUGUACGAGUUUUGCAGUAGCUCUAGCAUGCUGAAAACACUGGAGAGAUAUCAGAAAUGCAACUAUGGAGCACCUGAGCCGAAUAUCUCCACAAGGGAGGCCCUGGAAUUGAGUAGUCAGCAGGAGUAUCUAAAGCUGAAAGCACGCUAUGAGGCCUUACAGCGUACUCAAAGAAACCUGCUUGGGGAGGAUCUUGGUCCUUUGAACAGCAAGGAUCUUGAAUCACUCGAACGACAGCUUGAUAUGUCACUGAAGCAGAUCAGAUCAACUCGGACCCAAACAAUGCUGGACACCCUCACCGACCUUCAGCGAAAGGAGCAUGCACUCAAUGAAGCUAACAAGAGUUUGAAACAACGGUUGAUAGAAGGAAGCCAAAUAAGUCUGCAUUGGAACCCAAAUGGUCAAGAGCAUGUUGGGUAUGGAAGGGAACAGCCUCAGCCUCAGCCUGAUGGCUUUUUUCAUCCUCUUGACUGUGGUGAACCCACUCUACAAAUUGGGUAUCAGAAUGACCCAAUAGCAGUUGCAACAGCGGGGCCGAGCUUGAAUAACAACAACUAUAUACCCGGAUGGUUGCCCUGAUUUAGUUAUGAAUUUGUCAUCCCUUUGAUUGAUUGACGAUGAUGAUGAUGAUGAGCAUUUGUGUUUUACUUUCUAUUCAGUUGCAUCUUCUCUCAUAAAAACUGUUGAAAGCUCUCAAUCUCUCUCAUAAAGACAAACUGAACACAUGUUCUUAUAGUCCCUGGAUUUUUAUUAUUGUAUUGUAUGUAAGAAAGGCAUGCACUAGUUGAAACCUAUGAUGUUUCAUAAUAUUAUGUGUCAAUUUCGUGUGUUUUGAAACCUAUAUGUUGAGUUUUUUGUGUUU